AUGGGUCAGACCUUGUCCGAGCCCGUCGUCGAAAAGACUUCCGCUGAGGGCCAAGAUGAAUGCUGUAUAUACGGUGUCUCGGCCAUGCAGGGAUGGCGAAUCAGCAUGGAGGAUGCCCAUGCCUCUGUGCUAGACCUCCAGGCCAAAUUCGCCGACCAGAAUGAAAAACCGACCGAUCCUGACAAACGACUUGCUUUCUUUGGUGUAUAUGACGGGCACGGUGGGGACAAAGUAGCAUUAUUCGCUGGGGAGAAUGUCCACAAGAUCGUCGCGAAGCAGGAAUCAUUCGCCAAGGGCGACAUCGAACAGGCCCUCAAGGAUGGCUUCCUCGCUACCGACCGGGCUAUUUUGGAAGACCCGAAGUACGAGGAGGAAGUGUCAGGCUGUACCGCAGCCGUCAGCGUCAUCUCGAAGCACAAGAUCUGGGUGGCCAAUGCUGGUGAUUCUCGCUCCGUGCUCGGUGUCAAGGGCCGCGCAAAGCCGCUUUCGUUUGAUCACAAGCCUCAGAAUGAAGGCGAAAAGGCUCGUAUUAGCGCUGCCGGUGGCUUCGUCGACUUUGGCCGUGUCAAUGGUAACCUGGCUUUGUCGCGGGCCAUUGGAGACUUUGAAUUCAAGAAGAGUCCCGAGCUGUCUCCUGAGCAACAAAUUGUCACUGCUUAUCCCGACGUGACGGUACAUGACCUGAGUGACGAUGACGAGUUUCUCGUGAUCGCCUGCGACGGUAUCUGGGAUUGCCAGUCCUCGCAGUCCGUGGUGGAGUUCGUCCGCCGCGGUAUUGCCGCGAAGCAGGAUCUCUACCGGAUCUGUGAGAACAUGAUGGACAACUGCCUGGCCUCCAACAGCGAAACCGGCGGCGUUGGCUGUGACAACAUGACGAUGAUCAUCAUCGGUCUCCUGAACGGUAGGACCAAAGAGGAGUGGUACAACCAGAUCGCUGAGCGCGUGGCGAACGGCGACGGCCCUUGCGCUCCGCCCGAGUACGCUGAGUUCCGCGGCCCCGGCAUCCGUAAUCAAUUCGAGGAGAACCCGGAUGACUUUGACAUGGAAAACGACCGUGCGCGUGGCUUCAGCGUCCGCUCGGGCCGCAUCAUCCUCCUGGGGGACGGCACUGAAUUGAUUCCGGAGCAGAACGAUGACGAACUCUUUGACCAGGCUGAGGAAGACCAGGACCUUGCCAACCAGGUGCGCCGUGACACUCCCGAUGCGGCUCGGAAUGAACGGGAGGGGACUCCUGGGCCACAGUCCAAGGACACCCCCCGGGCGGAUGCGACUGAGAUUUCGGAGUCGCCGUCCGCCACCGCGGAGGGUUCGUCCGGCAGCGCCGCUGGAACACCGCAAAAGCCUACGAGUUCGUAG